UUGAUGCGAGCGGAGCCGGAGCGCGUAUUGGGGUGAACUAGUAGCCUACUGACAACGAGUGGUGCUGGAUAUUUUUCAUGCAAUUGGCUCUGCUGCAUGCUUGAAACGAACUGCUUUUAUCGUGACGGUAUAACAUCAUUUUUUUGCCUCUAUAUUUCUACACUGGAUUUGAUAUUGACCAUAUCUCCCCGGGACGUGUUCGGUGUAUUCAUGUGUGAGAUUGGAGGAAAUGAAUUAGUAAAAGAAAGAUAAAAGACUUUGACAGAGAGAGAGAGAGUGAAACCUCUAUCGGCUCGCCUGGAAAUGAAAAGGUAACGGUGGUCUUCACUGAUAGCAUUAGGCCCAUAAGAUUCGUUCUGUCAACAGCAUCAUUGGUCUACAUUCGAUGACUGGACUUUGGCUAUUCACGGAUUUUCUCAAUGCGGAUUCCAUUUUUACGUUUCCAUCGGAUAUGUGGUGUGAUAUAAUUGCCCAUUGAAGAGGAAAAGUCAUUACAACUUAAUCAAAUCAUUCAUAUGAAUUUGUGGACGUAUGCGUAAAAUUCAGUGUGUCUAAAAUUCUCCUUAUGGUUGUUGAAUCGGAAUCAUGAUGCUGGGAAGAAUUGAACUGGAUCAUUUUUAGCCAAUAAUUUAAUCUUCAGUGAACAUUAUUUUUUGGGUAAACCUGUUCGAUAGAAUUUUCCUCCCUUUUGAUUUUUUAAUUCAUUAUUUGCAUUGUUUUCCAGUCUGCAUCGAAAUGGUCGGUUUAUCAUGUCAGACGUUCCUAUAGUUGUAGCUUGAUAUAAACAGCGCAUAUUUACAUGUUGUUCUGAGACCAUCAGUGUUCUGAGACCAUUCAGAAUGUUUUCUAAUAUCUAUCCUCAAGAUCUCACGCGUUGCAGCAGAUUGGAGAAUGUGGUUUCUCUCAGAAGAGUACAAUGAGGUAGAUGGACUUAAGACCAUAUCGAUAUAAUCAAGUUACAUUUAUAUCAGAUAGGAGCCUUUUCUGCUAUCGAAAUCUAUUCCAAGGAUAACUUUUCGAUGAGAUUAGCCUACUGGAAAAUUUUGCCAGUUAUCUCUGACAUGCAUAGGUGUGCGUGAUCAUACGAGGUCCCAAUUAAAUCUAAGGAAAAAUCAACAGGUACAAUGUACGCCAAGGAAAUGGAUUUUAUGCUAAUUCUUUGGAUAGUCCUUUUAUGCUGGACUGGGGCUGAUUCUGUUAUCAAUUUGAAAUACUCGAUAAACGAGGAGCAGAAGGCUGGGUAUAUCAUUGGAAACGUGACAAAGGAUGCACAAACUCAAGGAUUUGCCAUUGCACCGCGUGCGCCGUACUUGCGGGUCAUCUCGAAUUCAGAGCCGCGAUGGGUGGAACUCAGCCCGGCUGGACUUCUCCUCACACAUCAGAAAAUAGACCGGGAUGUGGCUUGCCGACAGACAUCAAAGUGCACUGUCUCUCUGGAGGUGAUGUCAAACUCCAUGGAGAUCUGUGUGAUUAAAGUUGAAAUUGUGGAUUUGAACGAUAAUGCUCCCAGGUUCCCCACAAACCACAUUGACAUUGAAAUCUCAGAGAAUGCCUCCCCUGGUACCAGGUUUCCCCUAGAGGGGGCAAGCGAUCCGGACUCUGGGAUUUUCGGUGUGCAAUCAUAUUCGAUCACCCCGAAUGAGCUCUUCGGGUUGGAGAUUAAGACUAGGGGGGACGGGUCCAAGAUUGCCGAACUCGUAGUGCAAAAAUCGUUAGAUAGGGAGACCCAGUCUCACUACUCAUACGAAAUCAGUGCAGAAGACGGCGGAGACCCUCCAAAGAUUGGCGCAGUCCAGCUCAAUAUUAAAGUAAUGGAUUCGAAUGAUAAUAAUCCCGUUUUUGACCAGCCUGUGUAUACAGUGAAUGUGAUGGAGAAUUCUCCUAUUAAUACACUUGUAAUUGACUUGAAUGCAACGGAUCCUGACGAGGGAACUAAUGGUGAGGUUGUAUACUCGUUUAACAGUUACGUCACCGAGAAAACUAGAGAUGUAUUCAAAAUUGACCCUAGAACCGGUAUUAUCACUGUAAAUGGCCCGUUGGAUUAUGAAGCAACCCACAUUUACGAGAUUGAUGUCCAAGCCAAAGAUUUAGGUCCAAAUUCUAUUCCGGCUCAUUGUAAAGUCACGGUCAAUGUGAUGGAUGCAAAUGAUAACCCACCUGUCAUUAGUUUAUUGUCGGUGAACACAGAGCUGAUUGAAGUUAGUGAGAACGCGCCACGUGGAUACGUUAUUGCAUUAGUAAGGGUCUCAGAUAAGGACGCGGGCGCGAAUGGCAAGGUGCAGUGUAGACUACAAGGCAACGUCCCUUUCAGGCUCCAGGAAUACGAGAGCUUCUCAACCAUCCUUGUCGAUGGCAGGCUAGACAGAGAACAGAGGGACACGUACAAUCUAACUAUCCAAGCAGAGGACAGUGGCACCCCCCCUUUACGCGCCACUAAGUCGUUUGUAGUGAAAGUCACAGAUGAAAAUGAUAACCCUCCCCACUUCCUAAAACCCCAUUACCAAGAGAUGGUCCUAGAAAAUAACCUGCCCGGCUCAUGUUUGCUGGCAGUGUCUGCUGUAGAUCCCGAUUUGGGCAUGAAUGGCACCGUUUCAUACACCAUCGUGCCCAGUGAGAUUAAACACAUGGACGUAAACACAUAUGUCAGUAUAAAUCCUUCAGGACGUAUUUACUCCAUGAGAUCAUUCGACCAUGAGUACACUAGGACUUUUGACUUCAAAGUUUUGGCCAGGGACCAGGGGAAUCCGUCCUUAUCCAGUAACGCGACGGUGCGCAUUGUCGUUUUGGAUGUGAAUGACAAUACACCUGUUAUGACCACUCCACCCCUGGUAAAUGGCACCGCGGAAGUAUCCAUUCCAAGGAAUGCAGGAGUGGGUUACCUGGUGACCCAAGUCAAGGCCGAUGACUACGACGAGGGGGAGAAUGGAAGGCUGACCUAUACCAUUUCGGAGGGAGACAGGCCUUUCUUUGAAAUAGACCAGGUGAAUGGAGAGGUGCGGUCCACCAAGAUGUUCGGGGAGCAGGUCAAGUCGACCUACGAGAUCACAGUGGUGGCACGCGACCACGGGAAACCGUCGUUGUCGGCCUCUGCAUACAUUGUUGUCUACCUCUCACCGGACCUGAACGCCCAGGAAUCUAUUGGACCAGUAAACCUGUCAUUGAUUUUCAUCAUUGCCCUGGGUUCUAUUGCAGCUAUCCUGUUUGUCACUAUGAUUUUUGUGGCAGUCAAGUGCAAAAGGGAUAACAAGGAGAUCCGAACGUACAACUGCAGUUUCUUCUACUUGCGCAGGGUGGCGGAGUACUCGUAUGGCAGCCAGAAGAAGUCGAGCAAGAAGAAGCUGAGCAAGAACGACAUCCGCCUCGUGCCGCGCGACGUGGAGGAGACGGACAAGAUGAACGUGGUGAGUUGCUCGUCUCUCACCUCCUCGCUCAACUACUUCGACUACCACCAGCAGAGCCUGCCGCUGGGCUGCAGGCGCUCCGAGAGCACCUUCCUCAACGUGGAGAACCAGAACUCGCGCAAUGCCGCGCCCAACCACGGUGGCUAUCAGCAGCAUCCCUUCGCCAGCGGGCAGGGUCCCCAGCAGCCUGACCUCAUCAUCAACGGCAUGCCGCUGCCAGAGACGGAGAACUAUAUCGACUCCAGCUACGUAAACAGCCGAGCACACCUUAUCAAAAGCACAUCGACAUUCAAGGACCUGGAGGGCAAUAGUCUGAAGGACAGCGGGCACGAGGAGAGCGACCAGACGGACAGUGAGCACGACGUCCAGAGAGGCCACUACAUAGACACGGCUGUCAACGAUGUGCUCAAUAUGACCGUGCCCCCCAACGUCUGCCAGCUGCCUGACCAAGGUAGGAGAAAAGACCCCAGCGAAGGCUUCCACUGCCAGGAAGAGUGUCGUAUCCUGGGCCAUUCGGACCGCUGCUGGAUGCCCCGUGUGCCUGGUCCGGCCCGCGGCAAGUCGCCUGAGCACGGCCACCCACGUAACAACGUCAUCGCCCUGUCUAUUGAGGCCACCACCGUAGAUGUGCCCCACUACGAGGACUGUGGCACCGGCACCAUCAAAAGGACUUUUGCCACCUUCGGCAAGGAUGGCCCAGAAGACCCCGAGCGGGGCGAGCUAAAGGGCAACAAGCGGACAAUGAUGGAGUCUCAGGUGUGCAGCCCCAAGGCCAACGGUGGCGCCGUGCGUGAGGCGGGCAACGGGCGCGAAGCAGCCAGUCCCAUCACCUCCCCUGUGCACCUGAAAAGCCCGCUGGCCAAGGCGCCAUCCGGCUACAACACGCUCAAGUGCCGCGACGCUGAGCGCAUCGCCAACCACAGCAUGCUGCGACAGCCCGAGGGAAAGGACAGCGAGCCGGCCGUCCGGGAGAUCAACACGCUCCUCCACGACAGCGGCCAUCUUGAGAAGGAGUCUCCCAGCAGCAAGCGCCUGAAGGACAUUGUGCUCUAACGGGCCUCAGGGGAGCCUACACACACACACACACACACACACACUAUAAACCAACACGUAUAUAUAUACUCCGCCAUAGCUGUGUGUACGCAGGAGAAACUCAAGCCGAGGCAAGAAAGAAAGAAAGAGAGACAUCUUGAGCAUAGUAUACAGUACCUAACGACCAGUUCUGACACAGCCCAGAUAUGGAACCGUACUGGAAUAUGCUGAGCUUUGUGUUGUGUUCCUCAAGAAAAGUGAAGGCCUUGGAUGUGGCUUUGUUGUAGUCGCAGUACAUUUCUUGUUUGCUUUUCCGUUUGUUUGCUGCUCACCCCGUCUGCAGCCAGUGGACAGGCAGGUUACUGUUGACUGUGUGACACGCCCAAUCGUGCCCCUUCGGCCGGAUUCGGCCUCUUUCCCCGCCGAGGCUGGCACUGUUCGAAUUUUUGUGGAUUGGACACCUACACUGACAGAUAUAAAAGUACAGUUAUGCCUUUUGAACUUUUUUGUAUCACUAACUGAGAUUGCCUUCAUUUGGUUUGCAGUUUGGCUCGGCUGUCAAAUCAACUUGUUGUUUCCUUUGUAGAGUGAGCUCACCACAGCGCAACAGCUGACAACAGACAGACGUACACAGGAUUGUUCUUCUUUGAACCAUUGCCUCCAUGCGCGUCUUGAACAGGUGCUCAGUCGUAAAGACGGAAUGGAAGGGGGGGAACAGUAUUUAUGGCUUAUCACCGAUGGAGCUAAAUGAACUCGCUAUCUGCCCAGGCACUUCCGUCACGACCGAGAUGUAUGGGAGAGGGGGGAAAAAAACAUUGCUUUAGAAAUCUCCUGUGCCCAAUCUUGAUUGUAGCCAGUGGAGCACAGUUAGGAACUUUGUGCUCUGGUCUUGUACUUUUUCUGAGUUUUGACUAUGGGGCUAGAAUAGAGGGAUCGUCACUCACGUCUUGCUAUGUGAACCUCUGUAUAGGGUAUACUAGUAUCAUUUUUAAUAACCUGUUGUUAUGUGACAAUCCCUUUAAUGUUUUGUUUCAAGAGUAAAAAAUAAUAAUAAUAAACAUCGGUGUUCAGCUGAAGCUACGGUAGCGUUUGUUACACAAACACAAAAAGAAAAAAACAUAUGCCAAAAUAUAUUUUAUAAAUAAUUUAAAAAUGUAUAAUGAGAAUAUUUAAUGCUGUGUAGUUAUUUUAGUUAUUUUAUCAGUAAGUUAAACUUGAAAUUAACUGGCUUUUUGUUGAUUCAUUUAUUUUUGCUUUUUUAUUGAUCAUGAUUCUUUUUUAUUUUUGAAAUGAACUUGGAUUCUUUUGUUUACUGUGUUACCCCUGGCAACUGUUGACUUGCAGUCUACCUUGUUGUAAAGAGUUUCUUAUUGGUCAGUUCUUGUGCCAUGAAGUUUUUGUGUGGGCAAAUAGAAAAUGUAAAAACAAAAAAAGCAAUUUCAGCAGCAACAGCAGUGUGCCAGUUGAGCUUUGAAUGAGAUAGCAAAAUGAACCAAAAAGGACACAAACAAAACCUUAAAGACCGCUUAAUUUAUUUAAGUGAGAUGAAGAGGUUUAAGAUAGUUUUUUCAACUAUUGAGAUGAUUCCAACUAUUUCUGUGUCUGUUUUUGGACUAAGGUUCCCCGUAAGUUCCUCACUUCGGAACUGGCCUUAGUGAUACGAACCAGAGUAAGGGCCCUGUUGACACUUCAAGUAAGCGACUAAGGAUGAAGGAAUGCUCAACUGUUGUGUCAUCAGGUACCAUCUCAUUUGAAUUGAGUUUGAAAAUAUAAUUAAGAACAAGUCAAAUCUUACAAUCACAACCAAAACAGAUUUGGUGGGAAUUGUAUGUUUGAAGGAAAUUAAGGUCUUUGAAGAACCGUAUUGCAAAUCAGCAAUGCGGUUUUCAGUUGCUUUGCAGUUAAACUAUGUACAACAUGGAAAAUUGUAAAUGAAAAAAGGACACAUUUGCAUACAACGAAAUAGAUCUUGUAGCUGAAUGUCUUUGCUGGUCUCACCCCAUGGCUUCUGGCAACAUGAAAAUCUGAAUAAUCACUGAAUGUAUACAGCAGCUUAUUAUUAAACUAUUAAAUGUUCUCCA